AUGGUGUCUCCUCAAGUUACCAACCUGGCCAUCAUCGUGGUGAUGAUGCAGCUGGCGAAGAAGGUUCCCUUCGAGGACCCCGAUGUCCUGAUGCUGGUCCGUGGCAUGUACAUCUUGUCCAACGUGAUCAUUCUGGGAGUGUAUCUGUACACUCAGUCGAAGAUCAACAAAAAGAAUGAUCUGACUACCCUGAAAUACGUGGAGCCUGCCCCUAUGGGUAGCGGCGAGGAGCCCAAGCCGGUCACCACUACCAACAUGGAGUACGACAAGGGACAGCUGCGCCAGCUUAUGAGGAGCCAGCUGAUGGGUGUGGGUAUGAUGGGUGUGAUGCACCUCUACUUCAAGUACACCAACCCUCUCCUGAUCCAGUCCAUCAUCCCCCUCAAGGGUGCCUUCGAGUCGAACCUGGUCAAGAUCCACGUCUUCGGCAAGCCUGCGACCGGUGAUCUCCAGCGCCCCUUCAAGGCCAACAACAGCUUCCUGAACCAGGGCCAGAUCAAGAGCGACAAGGCCUCCGUGGAGAACGCGGAGAAGAACUGGAGGGGCGGUGUCAAGGAGGAGUAG